UGAUAGUGUGAUUGGUUACCAUGGUUACAGAUUGUCGUAUAAAAAUGGCGCAAAUAGCCACACAUGAUUAAUGAUUUUGAGGUUAUAAUGUUAACUUAAAGUCAACUUGAUGUCAACGUGACUUAAUUAAGGUUAUUUUUACUAUAUUUCUGAUAUUUUAGACAUUAGUGGUGUGAAAACGGUUCUUUGCAAAAUGGUUCGUAUUCAGCAUAAAGGAACACCAAACAGCAGAAAAAACAACAAAAGUAAACCAAUGCAGAAAACACGCAAACAGUUGCGUAAAGAGAAAAGGCAGCAAAAGAAAAUAAAUAAAGCGGCGUACUAUCAAAAGAACAGACCCAAAAAUCAGUCGGAAAAAGUAUCGGAAAUAUCACAUAAAUUAUCAAAGAUCGACGAUGAUAAAUUAAUGGAAGUAAAAGGAAAAAGCAACAUUAAACAAACAUCGUCAACAAAGGCGCAAAAACGACAAUCAUCUAAAGAUACAAAAGAAAAAAUGCAAAAGAAUAUAAAAAAACAAAGAAUGAUACAAUUAAAGCAGGCGAAUAUGGAAGAGGACAAGAUGAUUAAGCAAUUAGAAAAACGAUUAAAAUUGAACAAACGAAAGAGCAAAUCUAUUCCAAAAUCUUUUGUAUCGGAUGGACUAGAUUAUAUUUUGAAUUUCUGCGAUUCAGAGAAUAGAAACCACAUACUUGAAACUGAGAAACAAUUAUUAGAAACUGGAUUGAGUAAAGAAUUUGAAGAGGAUUUGAAAAUGACUGUUAGAAAGGAUGAUUCUGAUAAUGAACAUAAAAAAUAUGAUGAAGAAGAUAAUAUAGAUGAUAAUGAAUCUGAGCAGAAUUCAGAGGAUGAAAAUCUUUUGUCUGAUGAAAAUUUAACUCAAAAUGAUAUGAGCGAAGAAAAUUUUUCUGAAGAGACAGAUAUGAUGAACACUACAGAGUAUGCAACAGAUGAGGAAGAUCAAACAAAAAAUGAAGAAUCAAGUAAUGCAUCAAGGCAAUCAGACAAUGAAAACUUAUGGGAAGAUAUUUAUGGUAGGCAGAGAGACAAAGAAGGUAAUAUUAUAUCAAAAAAAUAUGUGCCACCUGCUGCACGUAUGGCAAACGAUGAUAUUUCUCUCAACGAUGAAAAAGUUAGACUGCAGAAACAGAUGAAAGGUGUCUUAAAUAGAUUAGCAGAGCAAAAUAUGCAUACUAUUGCAAACCAAGUAGAAGAAAUGUAUAUGUCAAAUAGUCGUAAUAAUAUGAAUGUAAUGUUAUGCAAACUGAUGAUGGAAAGUAUAGUUGCACCAAUAAUAAGUCCAGAUCGACUUAUCUGUGAACAUAUGAUGUUAAUUGCUAUUUUACAUGCAAAUGUUGGUACAGAAAUUGGCGCACAUUUUCUAAUGACUAUUGUAAAAAAAUUUUCUCAGAUGUUGGAAGAAUCGCAUUCUGUCGAAAAUAAAGAGUUAGAUAAUAUAAUUCUUAUGAUUUCACAUCUUUAUAAUUUUAAGAUAUAUGGUCAUCGCCUUUUAUAUCAGAUAUUAGAAAAAUUAGCAGCAAAAUUCACAGAGAAAGAAAUUGAACUGAUUUUAUUGAUUCUAAGGACAGUGGGCUUUCAAUUAAGAAAAGAUGAUCCAAUCGCAUUGAAGGAGCUUAUAUUAAAUUUGCAACAAAAAGCAAAUAAUGCUACGCUAGAAAAUUCGAGAGUUAAAUUUAUGUUGGAUGUAUUAUUGGCAAUAAAAAAUAAUAACAUGAGCAAGAUACCUCAAUAUGAUGCAUCUCGGAUAGAACAUAUGAAGAAAAUUUUAAAAAGUUUUAUCCAUAAAGGCAAUAGCAUUACACAAUUUAACGUAACUUUAGAGGACUUAUUAGAAGUUGAUGAAAGAGGAAAGUGGUGGAUAGUAGGAUCAGCUUGGUCCGGACUUAAAGAUAUCGGUAAAUUAGAAAAAGAUUCAGAAGACAAGAAACAAAAAUACAGCGACGAACUAUUGGAGCUGGCACGAAAACAGAGAAUGAAUACUGAUGUCAGAAGAGAUAUCUUUUGCGUACUUAUGACAGCUGAAGAUUAUUUAGAUGCGUUUGAGAAAAUAUAUCAUCUUGGUUUAAAAAAUCAACAGCAAAGGGAAGUAAUUUAUGUUAUUCUCAUUUGUUGUAUGCAAGAGAAAAAGUUUAAUCCUUACUAUGCGGUAUUGACACAAAAGCUAUGUGAUUCCAACAGAAAAUAUCAGUUAACUAUACAAUAUGCAUUGUGGGAUAAAUUGAAAACGUUGAAUGAUUUGAAUACAAAACAAUUGACAAAUUUGUCAAAAUUUUUGAUUCAUCUAUUCUUAGGCAAAGGCCUUCCCCUUUCUGUCUUAAAGGUGAUCCAAUUUACCGAAUUAGACAAAUUGACCAUGAGGCUUGUACGUCAAAUCAUGCUAGGAAUAUUAUUACAUGAGAAUGAAGAGGCUUGUUUAGAAGUAUUUGGAAGAAUAUCCUUAUCUCCAAAAUUGCAAACUUUUAGAGAGAGUCUUAGAUUAUUCAUAAAUCAUUUUCUUGUGAAAAAUAUUUGCACUGCUGAAAACUUGGAAAAACAAAGUGAAUUAUUGAAGAAACGAGCAGAGUAUGUAGAUAAAAUUUUAAGUACACGAGAAUCAAAACUUGUAUUUUAACUGAUUUAUAUAAUAACUGUAAUAUAAAUGUAAAAAAUAUAUUUUAUAU